AUGUCAUCAUCAUUUUCUUCAGAUGCUUCACAAUAUCAAGCGGAAAAUACAGUGAAUAAAUUGUUUUCAAAUAUACUACAUACAAAUAUUUCAACUACUAAAUCAACCACUAAUGCCAACCAAUUAUUUGCACAACAUGGAAGUAGUGUCAAGAAGAAUAAAAAGAAUGAAGCUAAAAGAAUCAAAAAGAAUGAAGAACGAACUAAAGCAUUUAAUAAAUUUGUGAAAUAUAAUUAUAUUAAAAAUAAAGAAAAUAAGAAUGAAAGUGAUAAGAAAUAUUUAUCAAAAUUAGUUCGUAAAAAUGUUAAUAAAUUAAAUUCAUCAUCUAAAAUUGAUGAUUUUGAAAUUAAUGAAGAAUUUAAUAUUGUUAGUUCAGAAUUAUUAGAUCAAAUUAAACCUAAAAAUGGUAAAAGAUUAAGAAAGAAAUUAUUUAGAGUUAAUGAAAAUGAUGAAAGAGCUAAAGAAUUUAAUGAAAAAUUACAAAAAGGUGUCAUUUCUUAUCCUGGUUUAACACCUGGUUUGGCUCCUGUUGAUUAUAAUGAAAGUGAUUCCGAAUAG